AUGUCACGAGGUAAUCAACAAGCAAUAAUAUAUAGCUGGUAUCACGACGAUCAUGUCACUUAUACAUUUAAUCUCCCCUCGCUCACAGUAUUCGAUACUUAUGUCUGUCACCGCGCCGCCAACGCCAUUGUCACCCAAGUCGAUCCCCUACGCGUCUCUUCAGAUGCCUUGCAGAUCAUUAACCAGUUCCUCGACGAGUUCAUUACACUUCUUUUGACAUCAGCCAAAUCACUCGACCUAUCACGCAUCAAGACAGCUGUAGUCGCUUUACUUCCUUCGAGUCUUGGCAAAAAUGCUAUUGUUGAAGCCGAGCUGCAGGUUAAAUCAUACACCGAGACUGCCGAUGAUAUCGAUUACGAAGCAUAUGAACGCACACGACGAUUGGAUUCAAUCCCACUUGACAGCAUAGGUGCUCUUUUACGACAAGAAUGUAUCAAUCAUUGCACCCUUGCAGAAAACAAUCACAAUCGCCAAAACACUCGACGACCAAGUAUUGGAGUCCCAAAAACACACAACUUUUCAAUCUCGCCUAUUGUCACUGUAUAUGUCACCAGCAUCAUUGAACAUGUUGCAGAAUACGUAUUGAUCGCUGCUGCAACCACUGCUGAAAGCCAAGAUACUGAAUACAUUCGCAUCAAGGAAGUAUUUGCAGCCUUAUCCGAAGAUGCUCAAGUAACAUCCAUGUUUCGUCAAAUGGAAUUACGAGAUCGAUUAAAAAAACGAGCGUCAUUUGUUAUGGGAUACCAUCAUAAAAUGCGACAACAGCAACAAUUGCAACAACAGCAAAUGCCAUGGAAUGAUAUGACGAAUACCAACAAUAAGAAGCACCACCAUAGUCGUGAAUCAUGUUCUUCCAAUGGACGUCCUGUGGAUCCAUAUGCCGAUAUACCGAAUUUGGACAAUGACAGCAGUAGCAGCAGCCACAACAAUGAUGCCGAUCUACCCUGUAGCCCAACCACAACCACAAGUUCGGCAGGGCAAAGACAACAUCAACGCCCAAUGUCCAUUAUGAGCACGAGCACAAGCACCAAUACAAUCAGCUCAACCAAUUCUUCUGGUAGCAAUGGAACUAGCAACAAAAAAAGAUUUCCUCGCCUCUUCAAACGACGUGAGUCGACACAGCUUCCACAAUCACCACAACAAAGAACCAGCAGCAGUAGCAGCAAUAACAACAAGGCAAUAGCCAUCUCUGUAUAUAAUCCCGACUCUCCUACCAUGGUUGAUUUUGAAGAUUUGAUCAAGUCUGGUGACACUGUGCGCAUGUCAUUAACACCCAAUCGAUUGAAAUCCAUCGAGGUGAACAAUAUCAUUGACAACAACAGCGACACAAAAUCUAUCAACAGCAGUAAACGAUCCACUGUCCCAUCUGCAUCACCUUCCAUCAAUGCAUUUGAAAAUCCACGUGUUGCACCUAAACCCCCUCAACCACCGCCUCGAAGACGUAAGAGUUAUGAUCGCCCAUUGAUGACUCCACCUCCACCUGCACCUCCUCCAUUGAAUCCAGCAAGACGUAGUCGACCCCAAACCUCCCUUGAACGUCCUUCUAGUAUGGUGGCUAAACGUCAAACAAUGAUUCUCAGUGAUGGUGGUACACCUGCUCAAGAUGGCUAUUUUACUCUUGCAACGACAACAGGGACAGCUGCAGUUGCAUCACCUACAGCUGCUGCUAUUGCUGCUGCUAAUGCAACAGCGUCUCCAGGGGCAACAAUCACCAUGGAUACAUCCAAUAAGAACAAUGUCAAGGAAAAGGUGCUCAAAUUUGAAAGACAUCAGCGUGUAUCCAAGCGAGAUGCAUCCGUACAAACUGAAGUCAUGGAAUUACAUCUACCACCACCUUCACGACAAAGCAAAAAGAUGGAUGGUGAUGAUCCUCCUCCUCCUGGUUCUGGUUCUGGUCCUAUCAACACAACACAAGCCAAACCGCCUAUGGAUGAUAGCACGAGCGAAAAUGGCAUUGUAGAUGGUGAUGAAGAAUGGUUUGUCUCAGAAGACGAAUUUGAAGAUGAACAAACUGUAGUAGAAUGGUUACUAGCAGCUGGAUAA